UUCUUUCAAUGAUCUUAUGAUAUUAUUUUUAUCAUGCUAGGUUAAUGACAGUAAAAAUCAUGUUGAUGGGCGCUUAAAGGACCUAUCAUAUGGCCCUGGGAAUAAAGUUAAAUGUUAUAAGGGCUACUUUGUGAAUGGGUACAGAUUUCACACCAAAGAAUAUGGAAAGAAUAAAAGAACCUUCAACAGUGGUGUGCGCAUUAAGGGAAGCAGUUACAAUGACUUUGAGAGUGACUAUUAUGGGAUGUUGGUUGACAUCAUCGAGUUAGACUAUUUUGGUGUUGGUAAUAAAGUAGUGUUAUUCAAAUGUGAUUGGUAUGAUACGAAUAAGGGUAUGAAAGUGCACCCUCAACAUGGUCUCGUUGAGAUCAAUUACAGACUAAGACUUCCAACCAAUGAUCCUUUUGUAUUAGCUCAAUAAGCACAUCAGUUGUUCUACACUGAUUACCCAGGUAAGAAGAAGAAUCGAAGAUUGUGGUGGGCAGUAAUUAAGACGAAAGCUAGAGGUAGAUUCCCUCCUAGUGGGACAGAAGUAAAUUUUCUUGAUUUUUAUCAAGAAGAGAACCAUAGGAUUCCUACCCCAAUCUCGAUGAUAGAUGAGCUUGAUGAUCCAGACAUUUUGGUUGGUGUUAAUAGAGAUGCAGAAGAAAUUGAUGCAGCAGAAAUUGAGUUGACAGCUAACCAAAUGGAAGAUGACUUUGAGGAUGAAGAAGAAGAUUUUGAAGAUGAACAAACCGAGGAAGAGGAGCAUUAGGCUGAGGAAGAUUAAAAAACAACAUGCAUAUUUAUGAAUGCUAAUAUAACUAAUUUUAGACUUAUAAAUUAUAAUUGUGUAGAUAUGGAAAAGAGCAAAGGGAAAGCAACAGGUCCACUGAUUGCACUUUACUUUGAUUGAAUUUAUUGACAUUCAUAUUGGAAAAUAACUAUAACUUUUUAUUGUUGUGCAGCUAUGGCCAAGAGAAAAGAAAAACCAACAGGUAAUGGAAAAGUAGCUUUAGUACUGGCUGCUACUCAAUCUCGGGCUGCUACUCAAGUUCCUCCUCAACCUCCUAGGUUGCCUGAGCGGGUCGAGGAAAGUCAUGAUGAUGAUGACUGCAUCCUUGAUGAGGACAUGGAUGAAGAGGUGGAUAUAGAUGAAGAAAUAAAUGAUCAGAUGAAUGGUGCAGUGCAAAAUCAUGAGGAUGCAAUGAAUGAGGAUCAGAUGAAUGAUGAACUUAGGGCUGAUCCAAGACAGAGCAAUGGCCGAGAGCCAAUCCUUAAAGCCCCUGUUGAUACAAAUAGAAAAGUGAUUGUUAGGUGCACAAGAGAAAUGUAUGAAAAUAUCACUUUCUUCUAUCACUAACUUGUUUAUGUGUUUGUUGCAUUAAAGUAUUUAGUUUAUUUUCUAAUAAAUAUUUUUUAAAUUGCAGGCAUCUUGAUUAUGAGGUCAGCCACAAAGCUGUUGCUAUCAUGCGCCAAUUUUUCAAUGGUCCUUGGUUGUCAUGGAGGGAGGUCCCUGCACAUGCUAAAGUUGGAAUGUGGAAUAAGUUUGAGGUGAUGUAAUUAAUUUAUAUUUCUUAUCAUUAACUUUUGCCCUUAUUACACUUGCCAAUUAGUAAGUCUGAUUACUUGCGACCUAUAUAUUGUUAGGAGAUACACACAAUUCUUCCAGGACAAUUGCAUCAUGUGCAUCAAGUUUGGAACAAGCAUUGUCAGCGAUGGUUGACAACCUCAUUAGGAAGGGUCAGAAGCCAAAAGCUUGUGGAAUCAAAAGAAGAUUUAAAUAGAGCCCGUGAUAAACCCCCUAAUUGGAUUUCUAGAGAAAAUUGGAAUAAGCUAAUUGACAUUUGGAUUUCUUAGAAUGAAAGAAGAAAUCAGAAGCCAACAAAAAAAUAGAAACACCAUGAAGAAUGGUAGCAUCUCUAAAUACUGUGGAGGAUCAAUCGCAUUUGUCAAUCAUGACGAACGACUGGUACACAUCUUUAUUCAAUUAGAUUUCUAUAAUAAUUUUCAUAUUAUUAUUCAAUCAUCUCAAAUCAGCCCAUUAUAUGUUAAUGAAUUUUUUUUUUCUCUUUUGUAGAAAAUAAAGUUUGGUAGGGAGCCAACAAUAGUUGAAUCUUUUAAUCGGACGCAUAAGACAAAGCAAGGCAUGGGAGGAUAUGUGGAUAAGAGAAGUGAAGCUGUCAUGACAAAGUAUUCAGCUGAAUACUCCAAAAAAUAUGGUGAUGCCUCCACAUCAGAUGCUCCACCACGUGAUUAUGACUUGUGGUUUGAGGCAACUGGUGUCCCAACUCAUGGCCAUGUCUAUGGCUUUAGUCCCCUGGAGAAUCUUAUUGGAAUUAUUGGGCAAUCAUCAUCCUCUUCCACCUCUACAAGUCAAGCUCCAGAGCUACACACGCGUGAAGACCUUCUAGGUAUUCUUGAGCACGAAAAGAAAAAAUGGCAAGAUGAGGUUCUUCAAAAGAUGAGAGAAGAGAUUAGCUUUGGACCAAGGCAUGCAGAUCAGGAGAGUAAUGGUGAUUCUGGUUCUGCUGAUCAUGCUUCAUUAUGAUUGCUUUUGCCUUAGAUGAUAGGUCUUUGCAUUCGUAGGAGGAAUGAAAUCUCUGUUGAUCUCUAUGACAUACUUUUGGACCUUGAUUUUGAUGGAUUUAGGACAUGUUGAUGCCUAUUUUGAAUGACAUGUUAAAUGACUUUUGCGUAA